CUAAGAUCGAAUUAAGAAAACAAAAUGGAAAAUCCGGCAUCAAUAGCACUCCGAUACCUAGAAUCUUCCCAUAUCGAUCCCCUCGCGAUCUCAGCAUCCAACGGCCCAGAUUUAAUUGUCGCUUCCCCCUCCUCCUCCCAGCCAUUAAAUACCUCGCCUUUCUCCUCCCACUCCACUCACCAAACUCAACCAGAGAAAGCAGAGAAGCGUUCAAGCAACCGCGCGCGACGCCAAGAACCAACCGCACACCUCGCCGGCGAGAUCGAUGGACCUCCUCGAGCACCCCCUCGAUGCCGUAGCCUUCCGCCUCUACUCCCUCCAGGAGGCCUCCGCCGCCACCGGCGCCGCCGCCUGGACCUGUCUCGCCGCGGUCCUUGCCGCUGCCGCGGCUGCAGGCCUCUGGCGCCUCCGCUCCUCCACGCCCACCGCUGAUACCGGAGCCCUGAAGCCCUUGGAGUUGGAUCCGUCCCCCGCGGAGAAGAUUUCAACGAAGCCAGCGAGCUCAUCGGACAGGUCGCGGGAGUCGGCUCCGUCGGAGACGACCGAUAGGUCGCCGGCGCCCUCGCCGAAGGAGAGGUACACUGCCUACUACCACGACGGUGGCUGUGUAGGGUGCUGCGACGUGGACGAAGAAGAAGGCGACGAUUACGACGAGGAUGAGGAGGAGCAAGAAGACGAGUACAACGGCGUGUAUCAGACUUCAGAGACGACGGAUCCUUUCGGAUGGGAGGUGGUGAGAUCGCUGCCGCUCAGCCCGACGGCGGCGGAAAUGGAGCGGUACCGGAGCCCGACGGCGCUCAGCGGUAGCGUCGUGCGGCUGUGGGAUCAGGGCACCGACGGCGGCGUAACUCCGUCGGCGAGCCCGCGGCGGAGGAGCAGAGUAGUCGGCACCAUCUUGGCCUUCUGAACACCCAAAAAGAUCAAUAAAUUUGGCAUUUUGGGGGGGGGGGGGGAAAUGAUUUUGCAGCUGUUAACUGCUCCAGACCUGUACCAAUAUGUAAAUAAGAUUUCGCGUUCGCCAAAAGUUUCAUCCCCCCAUUGUGCCACCACGUACUUGUCGGUCGCAUCAAUUUCUAGCUGCUUAAAAUGCUAUCGAUCUCUUCUUCUUUUU